AUGUCGUCAAACCCAGUCCAACAAUUCAAGCACAUCGGUAUCGUCGGAGCCGGUAGCAUGGGCUCGAUGAUGACCUUCGCCUUUUGCGAUCUUGGCCUCGAUGUCUCAGUGUGGGAUGUUGACAAGCAAAAUGUCGAUAAAGUGACCAACUGGGCAAAUAAUUACAAAAAUGCAAAAGGCAUCAUCAAAGGAUACUACAAUAUCGAUGAGUUCACCAGGAGUCUGGGAGAGAAGGGCGAAAGAAAGCUCUUCAUGUUCUCAAUUACCCACGGCGAACCGGCAGACUGGGUCUUGAGCAAGAUAAAGCCCGAUCUGAAAAAAGGCGAUAUCGUCCUCGAUGGCGGAAACGAAAACUACCGCAAGACAGAGCGUCGUCAGAAGGAAUACGAGGCGAUUGGUGUCAGCUGGAUCGGUAUGGGUGUUUCUGGCGGUUACCAGUCUGCCCGACGUGGACCUAGUCUGUCUCCCGGUGGUGACCCCAAGGCCCUGGAGCUCGUCAUGCCCUUGUUGGAACGGUACGCCGCCAAGGAUCCCAAGACGAAGACACCUUGCGUGACUCGCAUUGGACCCGGUGGAUCUGGUCAUUUCGUCAAGAUGGUUCAUAACGGUAUUGAGGGUGGCAUGCUGUCUUCUCUUGCAGAAGCGUGGGCAUAUAUGACCUUCGGACUUGGCAUGAAGUAUGAGGAGAUCGGCGACGUAUUCGCGAAAUGGAACGAAUCCGGUGAAUUACGCCAGAACUUCCUGCUGGGAAUCGGGGCGGAUAUUCUCCGGACCAAAAGGACACCUCAGGGUGAUCAAAAUGGCGAGGGCGCUAGCAAAGAUGGUGGGUACGUUCUUGACGAUGUCCUCGACAAGGUUGUCCAGGACGACGACAACACUGAGGGAACGCCUUUUUGGUGCGUUAUGGAGUCUGCUGCUCGACAUAUCUCUUGUCCGACCCUGGGAGCUGCGCAUUAUAUGCGGAUUGCCAGUGGAAACCGUGCCGAGCGAGCUCGCGCCUCGAAGAAACUGCACAUGCCCUCACCUCGACCAAUCGAGCACAAGCGCGAUCGCAGUACCGUGAUUGAGCAACUUCGCCGUGCAGUCUACUGCUCCUUCCUCGCCUCCUUCGUCCAGGGCCUGGAGCUCAUCGCCCGUGCAUCCGAGGACGAAGGUUGGAACAUCAAUAUGGGCGAUUGUCUGCAGAUCUGGCGAGCAGGCUGUAUCAUCCAGUCAGAGUAUAUCGCAGAUCUGCUGCAACCUGUGCUGACGAAGGAGUCCGUCAAAAAUAUGAAGUUUGUCGACGAGGUAUCGCGGGAACUGCAUCGGAACUUCGACGAUCUCAAGACUAUCAUCAUUGAGGGCACUCAGGCUGAUCAGUAUAUGCCGGCGUUGUCUUCCACUUUGGAGUACCUUAAGUAUGAGGGUGGCUUGGAAUUGCCGACGAAGUUUAUGGAGGCCCAGAUGGACUACUUUGGUGCUCAUUGCUAUAACAAGCCGGGUAUUCCGGGUGAGGACCCUGGACCGGUUAUGAAGGGGCCGCAUCACUAUGAGUGGAAGGUUGCGUAG